CGGACGGCAUAUACAGAACGACGCUAGUACGUGGGAAGAGACUCGUCCUAGCGAUUGACUUACCGUGCCUUCCAUGAUGCGGCUUGCAAUUUUCGUCACGCUAGUUUUCUUCCUGGAGUACGCUAAUCCCAAAUUAAUAUCCUUAUUUGGCAGAGCUGUUCGAUGUGGAGCAAACCAGCGCUUAGUCAAAUGUGCAAGUCUACCAGGCCCCUGCAGGAAGUGUCUGUUUAUUUGCCGGCCAGCAUGCAUCUGUAAGGACGGCUUCAGGCUACAGAAUGGUCGCUGCGUCGCUAGUUCGUCGAGGGUUCCAACAACCCUAUUUCCAUCAGCGACUAUUGCUACGGGAAGGUUUUCAACUUUCACGGUAACUGCGGCUCGAGGAGCGCCCACUAAAGCUGUUGAUGCUAUUAAACCUGUAGCUAAUUCAAGUACAGCAUCGGUUGAUUUGACUACAGGCGCAGUUGGUUUGACUAUAGCAGCAACUGAUUUGAUUCGAGCAAUGGCUCAUUCGACUACAGCAGUAACUGGCUCAGCAACAACAGCAGCUGGCUCACCGGCAGCAGCUGAUUCGGCCGCAGUAGAAGUUGGUUCCACUACAGCAACGGCUGGGAUGACUACAGAAAGAACUCAACUGACUACAGCAACAGCUGGCUCAGCAACAACAGCAGCUGGUUCAUCAAUAAUAGCAGCUGGUUCAGCGACAAAAGCAACAGGUUCAGCAACAACAACAGCAGCUGCUUCAGCAACAACAGCACUUGGUCCAGCAACAACAGCAGCUGAGUCGGCCGAAGUAGAAGUUGGUUCCACUAUAGCAACGGCUGGGAUGACUACAGAAACAGCUCAAUUGACUACAGCAGUAGCUGGCUCAGCAACAGCAGCAGCUGGUUCAACAACAACAGCAACUGGUUCAACAACAGCAGCAACUGGUUCAACAACAACAGCAGCUGGUUCACCAGCAGCAGCUGGACUGGUAACAACGGCUGGUUUGCCAGUGGCAGCUGGUUUGCCAACAGAAGCUGGAUUGGCAACAACAACUGGUUUGCCAGCAGCAGCUGGGUUGGUACCAACAGCUGGUUUGCCAGCGGCAGCUGGUUCGCCAAUAGCAGCUGGGUUGGCGGCAACAGCUGGUUUGCCAGCGGCAGCUGAUUCGCCAGCAGCAGCUGGAUUGGCAACAACAGCUGAUUUUUCAGCGGGAGCUGGUUUGCUAACAGCAGCUGGGUUGGCAACAACAGCAACUGGUGCAACAACAGCAGCAGCUGGUUCGCUAGCAGCAGCUGGGUUGACAACAAUAGCUGGUUCAGCAACAACAGCAACUGGUUCAACAACAACAGCAGCUAGUUCGCCAGCAGCAGCUGGAUUGGCAACAACAGCUGGUUCGCCAGUAGCAGCUAGUUUACCAACAGCAGCUGGAUUGACAACAACAGUUGAUUUGCCAAGAGAAGCUGGGUUGGCAACAACAGCUGGUUUGCCAGCAGCAGCUGGAUUGGCAACAAUAGCUGGUUUGCCAGCAGCAGCUGGUUUACCAAUCGAAGCUGGGUUGGCAACAGCAGCUGGUUUGCCAGCAGCAGCUAGUUUACCAACAGCAGCAGGGUUAGUAACAACAGCUGGGUCGCCAGCAGCAGCUGGAUUAGCAACAACAGCUGGUUUGCUAACAGAAUUCGGGUUGGCAACAACAGCUGGUUUACCAGCGGCAGCUGGGUUGGCAACAACAGCUGGUUUGCCAACAGAAGCUGGAUUGGCAACAACUGGUUUGCCAGGAGCAGCUGGUUUGCUAACAGAGGUUGGGUUGGCAACAACAGCUGGUUCGCCAGCAGCAGCUGGAUUGGCAACAACGGCUGGUUUGCCAGCGGCAGGUGGUACGCCAGCAGCAGCUGGACUGGCAACAACAGCUGAUUUUUCAGCCGGAGCGGCUUGCUAA